CUCCCUGAAACUCUAAAUCCUUUCGUUCGAAUGGCUCUGGACACGACCUUCGCCGCUGCACUCUUCUUCUCUCUUUUCGCUGCGACAGCCAUGGCGAUCUUCUUCGUGGACAAGACGAGAAAAACCAAGAACAGAUCACUAAGAAACUGCAGGCUUCCACCGGGCAACAUGGGCCUUCUCUGGAUUGGCGAAACCAUGGAUUUCUUCCGAGCGCAGAGGAGCAACCAGUUGUUCGAGUCCUUCAUCCAGCCCCGCGCCGCAAAACACGGCAACAUCUUCAAAACGAGGCUCCUCGGAUCGCCUACUGUCGUCGUAAACGGCGCCGACGCCAAUCGCUUCUUCCUAUCGAACGAAUUCAAGCUGGUCGUAAGCUCCUGGCCUUCCUCGGCCGUUCAGCUCAUGGGCAAGAACUCCAUCAUGGAGAAGCAAGGCGAUGCUCACCGCCACCUUCGCGGGCUCAUUGCCGCCAGCCUCAGCUCCGCUGGGCUGGAAACAAUGGUCCCAAAGAUCUGUGAAUCGGUUCAAUCACAUCUAAAUAAAUACUGGAAGAAUGGGAGCAAUAUUAAGCUAUUCUGCACAGCCAAGAUACUGACAUUUACAGUUGUGUUUGAGUGCUUGUUGGGGAUAAAGGUGGAGCCGGAGAGUUUGGAGACGUUCGAGAGGGUUUUGGAAGGGGUUUUUGCAGCCCCGGUGGGGUUUCCGGGGUCGAAGUUUUGGAGGGCGAAGAGGGCGAGGAAGGAGAUUGGGAGGAAGCUGGUGGAGGUGAUAAGGGAGAAGAGGAAGGAGAUGGAGGAGAAGGGCUGUGGAAGGGAGGAAGAAGGCGGCUGUGGCGGUGGUGGGAAUUUGGUGGGGCGGCUGGUGGCUGGGAUGAUCAAGGGGGAGAUUAGUGAAGAGGAGGUGGUGGAUAAUGUGGUGUUGCUGGUGUUUGCGGCUCAUGACACUACUUCUUUCGCCAUUGCCAUGACUUUCAGGAUGCUGGCUUUGCACCCUCAUUGUUUCUCUCUUCUCCUUCAAGAGCAUGCAGAGAUACUUAAAAACAGAAGAGAUGGUGAUCCGAACCUAACGCUGGAGGACAUCAAGAAGAUGAAGUAUACAUGGCAGGUGGCACGAGAGAGCAUGCGGCUGUUCCCCCCCAUAUUCGGCUCUUUUAGAAAAGCAAUCACUGACAUCGAAUUUGAGGGUUUCAUAAUUCCCAAAGGAUGGAAGGUGCUAUGGACCGCAUAUGGGACGCAUUACAAUUGGGAGUAUUUCCCAAAUCCAACGACUUUUGAUCCGAGCCGGUUCGAGGAAGCGAUGGAGCCGUAUGUUUACGUGCCGUUCGGGGGAGGCGCGAGGGCAUGCGCGGGAUCGCAACUGGCGAAGCUGAACAUGCUCAUCUUCGUUCACUACGUUGUGACCAGCUACGAAUGGUCGCUGCAAUACCCAGACGAGGCAAUCACCAUGGAUCCCCUUCCCUUUCCUUGCCAUGGAAUGCCCAUUAACAUCUCCCCCAAGUUGUUGUAAAGCCACAACACAAUUAGAGAUUGAUCAUCCAUUGUAAAGUUCAUAUUCUUUGUGAUCGUGAUCCAUUUUGA